UUUAAGGAAAUGGGCAAAGCUGCAAAGUUCUAAAACCAAACACCAUUUUCAUGACCCAACUCUGCAUGCAAGCUAGAGACUUGUCUUGUGAUUCCCAUGGCCAGAAGUGGUGGCUGUUCUGGCGCCAGUGGAGAUAGAGUUUACAUAAAGUUCGUUACACGUGCAGAAACGGCCGUUGGCGGUUUCAGGUCUCAGGUCCUCCUCUGCCUCACCCGGCGAGUCUAGCCCGUUGAGACCCCACUACCUCCUCCUCCUCUCUCUCUCUUUUUUAUUUUUUUUUAUUUUUUUAAAGAAAUUAGAAUUAAUUAACUUUGCUUUCUUUUGUAGCACUAUAUAUAAUACCCCAUUAUUAUAUACAUUGCUCUUCCACACCAGCGAAUAUAACCAGCAAGCAAGAGAGAGAAUCUAACAGGGAGAGAGAGAGAGGGGAAGAAGUAGUAGAGCUGGGGCACUCAACGCCUUCUUCUGACCAAAAUCGUAAGCUUUCUCUGGCUUCGGUUUCUUUAUGAGUCUGAUUGUUUUGCUGCUUCUGUAGCUUUUUGGGGUGAGCUACCAUUUGUUGUGAUUGAAGGAAAGGUUUCUUUUGCGGCAGCCGAAUUCAACAGCAUGUUGGAGGGUCCUUCCUAUCUUGUUUCAAGGCAGCUUCCAAGUUCCUGUGAGCAAGAGAGUCAGUGGAUGUACAACACUCAACGUGUUCUUGAUUUCUCGAACAGUAAGCGCCCACUUGAAGAUGGGGAAGAUGUGGCAUUGAGGAAGGCAUGCAAGCACGCAGAUGCUGUUGACCGAGUGGAAGCAGUGAUGGAUAAUCUUGCUCUUUCCCAUGCCAAAUCUGAUCAGCCAAAUGACCAGAAUCCUGCUCUUUCCCAUGCCAACUGUGACCAUCCAAACGACCAAAAUCUUGCCCCUUCCCAUGCCCAAUCUGACCAGCCGAAUGACCAGAGUCUUGCUGAUUCCCAGGCCCAAUCUGAUCAGCCAAAUGACCAGAAUCCUGCUGUCUCCCAUGCCAACUGUGACCAGCCAAACGACCAAAAUCUUGCUCCUUUCCAUGCCCAAUCUGACCAGCCGAAUGACCAGAGUCUUGCUCAGUCCCAGGCCGAAUCUGACCAGCCAAAUGCCCAGAAUCUUGCUCUUUCCGAUGCCAACUCUGACCAGCCAAAUGACCAGAAUCAGGACGGGAACAACAAUGACCCGACUUCACUAUUCCACCAACUUGGAAGGGAUGUCUCAAUAAACUGUCUCCUUCGUUGUUCAAGGGCUGAUUACGGCUCAGUUGCCAUGCUGUGUAGGAGUUUCCGUUCUCUAAUUCGGACUGGGGAGCUGUACACUCUGAGGCGGAGAAUGGGUAUUGCAGAACAUUGGGCUUACUUCUCUUGUGCUCUCUCUGAAUGGUGGGCAUUUAAUCCAGAUCGUGGACAUUGGAUGCCUUUGCCUAAAAUGGAAAUAAAUGGAUGUUUUAUGUGUUCAGAUAAGGAGUCUGUAGCCGUUGGCACCGAACUUCUUGUAUUUGGAAAGGAAAUAAUGUCCCAUGUGGUUUACAAAUACAGCCUUUUGACACACAGUUGGUCAUCCGGCCGUUUGAUGAAUACACCUAGGUGCUUGUUCGCUUCUGCUAGCAGUGGGGAAAUUGCCAUUCUAGCUGGCGGUUGCGAUCCAUGUGGCAAUAUCUUGAGCACUGCUGAGCUUUACAAUUCAGAAACAGGAACUUGGUUGACUCUUCCGAGCAUGAAUAAACCUAGAAAAAUGUGUUCUGGGGUAUUUAUGGAUGGAAAACUUUAUGUCAUUGGCGGGAUUGGAGUGGGCAGCUCAAAUGCACUUAGCUGUGGGGAGGUUUAUGAUUUGGAGAGGGGGACUUGGACUGAGAUACCUAACAUGCAUCCUAGAAAAAAUGGAGGGGCUGGAGCAACUGAUAUGCCUGCUACAGCUGAGGCACCUCCGCUGCUUGCAGUUGUAAAUAACAAACUGUAUGCUGCAGAUUAUGCAGAACAGGAGGUGAGAAAAUAUGAUAAGGAGAGGAACGUGUGGGUUACCAUUGGGAGAUUGCCUGAGCGGACAUCCUCAAUGAAUGGUUGGGGAGUAGCAUUUCGGGCAUGUGGGAAUCGGUUAAUUGUAAUCGGUGGACCUAGGGGUUCCAGCGUAGGGCAAAUUGAAGUCAAUUCUUGGGUCCCUGAUGAAGGUCCGCCGCAGUGGAACCUGCUCGCUAUAAAGGAUCGGGGAGGCUUUGUCUAUAAUUGUGCAGUGAUGGGAUGCUGAGGUGUCCCGUUUCCGUGACACCAUGUACUGGCUGGAAGGGUGGAAUUUACAAUCUUCGCCUUUCAAGGAGUUUGGGUUCCAGUUCCUGGUUCCUGGGUAAUUUCUGCCCUCAACAUGGGAAAAUUCAGGUUAAAUUUAGAGUCAUAGAUACAUUUACAGAAAGGUGGCCUGGAGAGUUAGUUUCCUUUUUUAAAAGUUUUUAAUUUUACCUUUAGUGUGUUGCAUCUCUUUUCUUUACCCCUUUGUUACCUUGAGAGCUUUUCAAAGGUUGUAUCAUGUAGAAGUAGCAAAGAUGAAUAAGCUGAAGUUCUGGUACAUUUGUAGGUUGUGAUGUCCAUUUCAUAAGUUUCAUUGAAACAUUGCAGAAUUAUGUAAUGGUUCAAGUUUUCAUUUUCUCAAGUUAAUAUAACUCUAAGUUCUCUUUUCCCCUCCCAAAUAGGAGGAAGACAGACAGACUUCUGUUUCUGUUGUAAAUGUAUAAUGUAUCUUGAUCCUCGAAGCUCG